AUGGAUAUAACUGUCACAACUUGGGUGACUGAAAGCACACUGCAUAAUCAAAGCUACUGGGACGAUUUUGAUAGACAGCAUAACAUGGCUUGGAUGAUCUCAGGCAUUUUGGAGCUCAUCAUUUCCCUGGUGGGGCUGGCAGGAAAUGCUGUGGUGCUCUGGCUCCUGGCUUUCCACAUGCAGAGGAAUGCUUUCUCCGUCUACAUCCUCAACUUGGCUGGAGCUGAUUGUGUCUUUCUAUGCACCCACAUUGCAUUCUUCAUAUUGGAUUUGGUUGCAUAUAGUAUAUACACCAUCCUGUUACAAGUUUUUUUUGUAGCAUUUUUCUUUUCCUAUGUUGCAAGUCUGAGCAUUCUCACUGCCAUUAGCACUGAGCGCUGCCUGUCUGUCCUAAAACCCAUAUGGUAUCAUUGUCACCGCCCAAAACAUAUGUCAUCUGUUGUCUGUGCCCUUAUCUGGGCCCUGUCCCUACUGCUGUCUAUCCUAAGAAUGUGGUUAUUUGGAUUAUGGUUUACAUAUAUUGAUAGAUAUUUGUACAUUAUAAUCCGUUUUAGCAUUCCCACCUGGCUAAUUUUCUCCUUUGUGCUCAUGUUAGGGUCCAGCCUGGUGCUACUGGCCAGGUUGUUGUGUGGCUCCCUGAAAAUGAAGCUGACCAGGCUGUAUGCAACCAUCGGGCUCACAGUGUUGGUCUUCCUCUUCUGUGGCUUGCCCUGGGGAAUCAAUGAUUUUCUCUUACUCGGGAUGCAAACUGAUUCUUACUGGGACGUCCUUAAAGUAGAUUUAGCGACGAAGGUAUUAGCCUGUGUCAACAGCUGUGCCAAUCCCAUCAUUUACUUCUUUGUUGGCUCUUAUAGGCAGCAGCAAAGACAGCAAAGAAAGAGCCUAAAACUAAUUCUGCAGAGAGCUCUACAGGAUGUUCCUGAGGAGGAUGGAAAUCAAGGCAGCCCUCCUCAGGAGACCCUGGAGAUGUCAGGAAAUAUUCAUGUGACCUAA